AUGCUGGUUAAAUUCAAUAGCAACAUUGAUAGACAGAAAUUUGAAAUAGAACUAAACAGGAUAUGUAUAAUCUAACAUCCUCCCAUUAAUAAGUUAUAUAAUGCAAUUAAAAAACUUGGAUAAGGAGGUUAAGCAACGGUAGAUUUAUAUGCUUCAAAAGAAAGUCCUGAAGACCUAUUUGCAGUAAAAACUUUCAAGCGUAAAAUUACCGACAACCAAUUUGAUAUUUUGAGGGAAAUAAGAUUUCUCAGAGAGCUCGAAAUUUGUAAUAAUAUCGUUUAAUUGCAUCAAGUAUACGGCGAUAAUGAUAGAGUAUAAUUGGUAAUGAACUACGCUCGGCAUGGUCCCCUCAUUGAGUACUUACAGAAGAAUUAAUAGCUUUAGGAAGGUGAUAUUAGAGUUAUUAUGGAAUAACUGUUAUUGGCCAUAGAUCUUAUGCAUAAAAAAGGAAUUGUCCACAGAGAUAUAAAACCCGAUAAUAUACUUGUAUUAGACUAAUAAAAUCUUUAAGUGUGCAUUGCAGAUCUGGGAUUGGCUUGUAAGAUUGAUGAAGAUAACCUCUUGAAUAAGAAAUGUGGAACUCCUGGUUAUGUAGCUCCAGAAGUGUUAAAAGGUUUCAAAACAAGUUUUAAAAGUGACAUUUUCAGUUUGGGUUCUUUGUUUUACAGUUUAUUAACAGGGAGAAUGCUCUAUGGAGGCAAAAAUAUGAAACAAGUUUUAUAAAAUAACCAGUUUAAAGAUCCUCAUUAAAUAAUUGACGAUGAAAACUUAUCUGUAUCAUAAGAAAGUAAACACUUAUUAAAAUGGAUGCUUUACAAAUCACCUGAAUAGAGGCCAACUACUGAAGAAUGCCUUAAUCAUUCAUGGUUUUAACAGGACAGGGAAGCAUUGUAACAUUCCAUAUGGAUCAAUGAAUUUGCGUCUAAUUUAAAGAAUAACAACCAAUAGAUAUAUGAUAGAAUGAUAUAAGAACCAGAGUUUCAAUCUUUUAUACUUGCUCCAAAUUAUUACAUGUAGGAGAGGGCUUUAUCCAGUAUGAAUGUUAUUUAAGAUGGCUAUUAAUCAGAUUCAAGUACACGUAAAAGGAAUCACUCCUCUUAACAUUCAAAGGAAAAUUUUAAAAUUUGCUAUUCCAAGGCGUUAUAAUUAGCUCGAAAUAGCAGUAUGCAGGUGAUAGAUGGUACAAUUAAGAACAAUGGAGUAGCCUAGUCACUAAAUUAAAACUACGAUUUUAAAGGUGCUCUAGAUAACUAAAGGAUAUCCGAAGUAAAAAAAUUCAAAAAAUUGGAGGAAGUAAAGUAAGAAGAACCUAAGCCUCCAUCAAAGUCGACACUGCAUUCCUUCUAAUUUGAUGAGGAGGACUUUGACGAAUUUUUAUAUAUAAACUUAGAUAACUCUGAAAAAUAAAAACAACAAUAUUCAAAUGUUCAUCUGCUUCUUGAUAAUAGAAAAGACAUCAGUUAGUGUCUAAAAGCUCAUGAAGAAUUUUCUAUUAAGAAUCGCAGAAGAUCUUUAGGUAUAAUCCGGGGUUUUACUUUUUUCAACGAUUAAAUAUGA